AUGUCGAAGGACGCCGACGGCAAGAGAACCGUCGAUGAGACAAUAAGGAAGUUCGGAAGGAUCGAUGUUUUAGUCAACAACGCGGGGGCCGCUGAAAGAGUUGACAUUACGUGUGAAAACUUUAUUGAGGUCUACGACCGCAUCGUCAACGUGAAUCUGCGUGGAGUGGUGUACAUAACCCAUCUAGCUAUACCGCACCUAAUAAAAUCGAAAGGGAAUAUCAUUAACAUAUCUAGCGUGGCUGUAGUCAGAGUCAACACCGUCAGCCCAGGACCUGUCCGCACAGACAUUAUUAAUCACCCCACCAUGGGGUCUGUGACGUGGGAAAAAUUCGCCGAAAGGACUGCCUUAAAACGUGUAAGCGACCCCGUGGAAAUCGCAGAUCUGAUCUUGUUCCUGGCAAGUGACAAAUCGAGAGGAAUCACCGGUUCGGAUUUCGUAUCGGACAAUGGUAUGGUGAUAACAAAA